AUUUAGUUGUAGAUAUUUAUAAUUUUACAAGGAGUGGCGGAUAUUUUAUUAAAGUAAUUAUUUAAAAAAAUUAUUACAUAAUUUAAUUUUAAACCCCUUUUUCCUUUUAAAUGUAAAAUAAAAUGUGUUGGGUUUAUAGUGAGAGCGCUAUAUUAUUACCGAAGAUGCGAUCGUGAAAGAUAUAUAGUAUAUCAUGUGGUUUGGAUAGUGCUAAUUAUGACUCACCAAUUCUAAAGGAUUGUAAAGGUUGUAAAUAUAACAUUAGUAGAAAGCUUAAUGCAGGGAAAUGCUUAGUGUAUAUAGAAAAAAAUAUAGCAACAAUGAUAAAAGGACGGAAAGUAGCACAUGAUGGAACGGAAGCUAUGUUAAAACCAUAUAUGACGUUAGAAAAUAUUGAAAUACAAAAUGAAUUGUCGUUGGAAGAGAACAUGAAAGAGAUAAGAGAAAUGGAAGCCGUGAAUAUGAAAAUAGAUAAUAGUAUAGAAGAAAAUAGUUUGAUGUGGUUGAAUUAUGUUAUAAAAGAUGGAGAGUUAAAGACGAUCAAAUGGGAGCGCAAAGGUCAGACCAAGAAGUCAAAAUUCCAGCGAUUAAAAAAAGAAUUAAUAAGUUGUAAAUUAACAAUAAAAGAAAUCGGAAUUAACAUUAAUAAUUUGUUAGUGGAUGAACAUAGUCUAAAGUGGAAUUAUAUUCAUAUAGAGGGAGCAUUCAGGAGGUGCUUCAAAGAAUUGAGUUAUAAUAGUGUAAAGAUUGAUUUAAUGUUGGAUUAUGUCAAAGACUAUUUUAUAGAGUCUAACGGACUAACGGAUGCAAUAUUACAAUAGAUUGGGACGCAUUAUUUAAAUUGAUCAACAAUGAGGAGACGACGUCUAGAAAUGUAACAAAGAAGAUGUUACGAAAAUUUUUUUGCGGAUUUUGCCUACAUAUGAAGAAGCUACAACGAAUAUGGAAUAUAAUAAAAAAAAUAGAUGAUGAUUAAAAAUAUUAUUAGAAAAUAGUAAAGAUGACGUAUUUAGAUUAGAUAAAAGUGAUAAAAGGUUAGUAAUUUUAGUACAUAGUUUUAGUUAAUACACAUUAUUUAGUUUAAUAGUUGCUACUUCGUUCUAUUAUACGAAGAUUUUGGUAUGAAGAGAUAGUGAGUGAGUUUAUUUUUAAAAGUAGGGUCAAAUUAACAAUCAUGUUGGUAGUAAGCCAAAAUGGUCAGUCAGUCAAAGGCCUUUGAUUUAGCGGAACUUUGUUUCCAUUAAAUUUCAAUGUAUUUUUCUGUAUUCAAUAUGUAAUAUGUUUUCCUACAAUUACUAAUAAUAAAUUAAAAUACG